GGAUAGGCUCCAACGCGCAUGCGCCCCAAGUGAGGAGAAGGGGUACAGAAAAUGGAUGGAUAUUUCACAACACUCGCACUAUACAACCGGACACAAGAUUGAUGCAACAGCACGUGAUAUUCUAAGCGUCAUUGUUUUUGCUCUCCCCAAAUGUUUGCCUUAGAAUGUGAAUAUACUGUUUAGAUAAUAUAGUGUGCAGUUCGUGCCAUUCCUGUGCAUACACAUGGUUAAUUGGUUUAACACUGUAACGUAAAAUAAAUGUAAUACCGGGACAGGACGAAAAAGUUUCCUGUACGCAUAAUUUAAGAUUGACACUGUCAUGGGAAAUGUAUUCCGUAGUGCAGAUAAAUACUGUAAUGUAAAUUAAUCACAAGGACAGAACUGCAUCGUGGGGGGGGGGGGGGGGGGUUGAAAUCCUGUACGUACGCUGUACGUAUUUGAGUAACACUAACGAAAUAUGUAAUUAAUGUUAGAACAAAACGAAAUAAUCAUUGGGGUGUGCAAUUCCUGUAUAUACAAAUAAUUAUAUGGAUACUGAAACGUGCUGCAGACUAUCCGUAUGUUUUCUGCUGUAGCACAAUGUCCCGCUGAACUCAAAUGCGUCUUCCCGUCCAACCGGAAGUCGCGUUGCCGCCUUUCCUUCCCUGACCCAACUCAUUUAGCACGUUAGCAAUGUCGGGCAUUGAAGAGAUUUCCAACGAUUCUGUGACAUUUAAAGAAGACAACGAGUUUAACGUGGAGGCGGGGGACCGCAUGGACGAUGACUUUGUCAUUCAGCGAUAUAUUUUUUACAGAGACAGGAAGGAGUGGGCUGACUUGGAGCCUGUUCCUCAAGAUGAUGGACCGAACCCUGUUGUCAAGAUUGCUUAUUCAGAGAAGUUCUCUGAUGUCUUUGACUAUUUCCGUGCCCUGCUGAAGAAUGACGAAAAGAGCGAACGAGCUUUCGCCUUGACAGCAGAUGCUAUUGAGCUGAACGCAGCAAAUUACACCGUGUGGCACUACAGGCGGGUUUUACUACAAGCGUUGUCGAAGGACCUAAGGGACGAAAUGAGGUACAUUACGGCCAUCAUUGAGGACCAACCGAAAAACUACCAAGUCUGGCAUCACAGACGUAUAGUAGUCGAGUGGUUGAACGAUCCCUCAGAGGAGCUGGAGUUCAUUGCAGACGUCCUCAGCCAAGACGCAAAGAACUACCACGCCUGGCAGCACAGGCAGUGGGUCAUCCAGGAGUACAAACUGUGGGACGAUGAGCUGGAAUUUGUUGAGAAUCUCUUGGAUGAAGAUGUGAGGAAUAAUUCUGCGUGGAACCAGAGGCAUUUUGUCAUCUCACACACCGCAGGCUUCUCGGAUCAAGCCGUACUCGAGCGAGAGAUUGCAUACUGUCUGACCCAAAUCAGAAAGGCCCCCCACAACGAAAGCGUGUGGAACUAUUUGAAAGGGAUAUUUCAGCACCGAGGUUUAUCGGCUCAACCUGGCCUGCUGGAGAAAGUCCUAGCGCUGAAGGAGAGCCAUUGUUCCUCUUACCUUCUCGCAUUUCUCUUCGAUUGCUACGAGGAUGCGUUGGAGAACAACAGUCGAAAGGGACGAGCAGAGGAAGACCGGCUGGACAUUUUAAAAAGAGCUCUGGAAAUUUGUGAACUUUUAGCCCAGGAGAAGGACAGCAUCCGCAAGGAGUAUUGGCUCUUUUUAGGACGUUCCCUGAACAACAAAUACGGGUCGAGCGGGCCAGCCGACGCCGAGCCGCCAUCCGCGCCGGCCCAGCAGCAGGAAAUGAACUAGUUGCACAAGUCCCAAUCCACUCGUUUUGUUUUCUUAUUACUGCACUUUGCUAUUGUGUGUAUUGCAGCUGUUGUUGUUUCCCCCCCCCCCCCACAUACCCUCUACGGUGCAUCACAGAGGAAACAGAAUAAGAAAUAUGGAUUAUAUAUACAGCAAUUCUGCGGAAAGUCCUUCCUUCAAAACCAUCCGUCCACCGGUUGCCCAUACCGCUUCGGGCUUCAUUCAUUCAUUUAGGCUGUUGUUUAAAUUCUGUUCUAGUGACUCAUCACUUAAGUCCUUCGCCUGUUACUCCUUUC